AUGUCGCCGCUCGCCGACCCCGAGAACCCCCCGGUGCCCCCCUGCCCGUGCCGGUGUCCUUACCGGGACCGGGAAAAGGACCGGGACAAGGACUGGGACCAGGACAAGGACUGGUACAAGGACCGGGACCGGGACCGGGACGUGGAACGGGACCGGGAUCGGGACCGGGAUCGGGAUGGGAGCCGCUGUCGCCGCCUGGUCCCGGUUGUCGCCGCCGCCGUCGCCGCCGCCGCUCUCGGAGCCGCCGCGGCCGCCGCCGCGAUCCUGGCGCUGCUCCGGGAGGAGCCCCCGCCGCAGGCUGCCACGGCUGCCCACGUCCUGCUCAGCCCCGGCUCCCUCCCGACCUUCUCCAACCGCUCCUGGCACUACGAGCCGGGCGUCGAGGGCGUUUUCCCGAGCGCGGACGUGCUGCGGGACUCGGCGAGCUCGCUGCGGGUGGCGCGGGGGGGUCUCUACCUCCUCUACGGGCAACUCUCGCUGAGCUGCGCGACCUCCCGGUGCCCCCCGGGCCGGGUGGUCCUGCGGGUGCUGCGGGGCUCGGGGGGGUCGCGGUGGCCGCUGCUCGAGGUGCCCGUGGAGCUGCCCAGCGGGCUCGGGAGCCACCGGGCGCGCUCGCCGCUGGCCCAGGGUGUGGCGCGGCUGGACGAGGGGGACACGCUGAGCCUGCGGGUGACACCGGAGGGGGGACACGAGGGGUGGCAGCUGGCGCAGGACGAGAGCGAGGGCAACUUCGUGGGGCUGCUGCGCAUCGCGGGCGGGUGA